UGUGUGGGUGGGUGUCGUCCCAAACGUCGGAACGUGAGCGAACGGGGCGCGUGGCGUGGCCCUUAAAAAAAAAGACAGAAAGAAAGAAUGAGCUCGGAGGAGCGCGCGCUUGGUCCGGUCACCGCGCGGAGGAUCUGAGGCGGGGCGUCGUUACAACCGAUCCCCCUUUUUUCUAUUGGGGUCCAAGUUCGACGUGUGUGUGUGUGUGUGCGAUUUUUUUUAACGUGGGUUCAAAGUUUGUAUAUGCGCGUGUGGUUUUCGUCAUACGCUCCAGAAGGCUGGCGCGCGUGCCUCUGUUUUAUUUUAUCGCUCGCGGAAACGACAAGAAAUGGAAGAAAAAUAUUAAUAAUAAUAAUAAUAAUAAUAAUAAUAAUGGAUGCAUAUGAUUUUUGACGCGUCUCCGCAUUCUUCUCCUCCACGCCUCGGUGUGUGCUAGAGCUGGCGCCAACUUCUCGCCAUAGGAAUGAGAUAAACACACACGCACGCGCGCACGCACGCACACACACACACACACACACACGUUUACGAAAGGAAAAAAAACAGAAAAGUUCCAGGGCACCGGAGUGAGCAACGAGCAACCCGCGAGGAGAAACGGGAUAAAGAGAAAGUUGCACGGUACGGAGCUGAACUGGAUUAAAGUGGAGCGGCGGAGACGUUACAUUAAUGCAUGUGCACGCGGGACAGAAAGAAAGCGAGAGAGAGAGAGAGAGAGAAAAACGCUUGACGGAAACGAGACGAGGAAAAACGCAGUCACGGAAAAGCUGGGAGAGGAAGAGGAGCACACACUGAUGUGAAAAGGAAUGCAAAAGAACUCGGUGAUGGAGUCUACAGUUAGCACAUCCACACAGGUGCCUGAGGAAUAUGACCGGAACGUUCCACGGAUCUGCGGUGUGUGUGGAGACAAAGCUACUGGCUUCCACUUUAAUGCCAUGACCUGUGAAGGCUGCAAGGGCUUCUUCAGACGCAGCAUGAAGCGCAAGGCCAGCUUUACGUGCCCUUUCAGCGGGAGCUGCUCCAUCACUAAAGAUAACCGGCGUCACUGCCAGGCCUGCAGACUGAAGCGCUGUCUGGACAUUGGCAUGAUGAAGGAGUUUAUCCUGACCGAUGAGGAGGUGCAGAGGAAGAAAGAUCUGAUCCAGAAGAGGAAGGAUGAUGAGGCGAAGAAGGAAGCGCAGAAGCCCCGCCUCUCUGAGGAGCAGAGUACGGUCAUCUCCACACUGGUGGAGGCGCAUCACAAAACCUACGACGACUCGUACUCCGAUUUCUCCCGCUUCAGACCUCCAGUGAGAGAGGGUCCUGUUACACGCAGUGCCAGUCGAGCUGCGUCUCUACACUCACUGUCCGAUGCGUCUUCCGAUUCCUUUCGCCACUCGCCUGAGUCAGGUGACGGUAAGCUCAAUCUGAGCAGUAUGCUGAUGAUGUAUCAGGAACAGGGUUCUAGUCCUGACUCUAAGGAGGACGAUGGUUCUCGCUUGUCCAUGCUGCCUCACCUGGCCGAUCUGGUCAGUUACAGCAUCCAGAAGGUCAUCGGAUUUGCCAAGAUGAUCCCCGGAUUCAGAGAGUUAACAGCGGAGGAUCAGAUUGCUCUGCUGAAGUCCAGUGCCAUCGAGGUGAUCAUGCUGAGGUCUAAUCAGUCCUUCAGUCUGGAGGAUAUGAGCUGGUGCUGCGGGGGACCCGAGUUCAAGUACUGCGUCAGUGAUGUCACUAAAGCUGGACACACUCUGGAGCUGCUGGAGCCGCUGGUGAAGUUCCAGGUGGGGUUGAAGAAGCUGAAUCUGCAUGAGGAGGAACACGUGCUGCUGAUGGCCAUCUGUCUGCUGUCCCCCGACCGUCCCGGUGUGCAGGAUCACGAGCGUGUGGAGGUUCUACAGGAACGUGUCUCCGAGGUCCUCCAGGCGUACAUCCGAGUGCACCACCGCGGACGUCUGCAUUACGCUAAGAUGAUCCAGAAGCUGGCGGAGUUGCGCAGCCUGAGUGAGGAACACUCGAAGCAGUACCGCACGCUGUCCUUCCAGCCUGAGCACAGCAUGCAGCUCACACCACUCGUCCUCGAGGUGUUCGGAGGACAGGUCACCUAGAGGUCAGAGAGAGCGUGUCGGGCGUGGACGCAUGGACAAUCACCAUGAGACACGCACACACAGAGCCUGGGAGUGACGUGUGUGUGUGUGUGUGUGUGUGUGUGUGUGUGGGUGGGUUCAUUCCUUCAUGGGUUCUAGAUCAGAAGGGUGUCUUUAGCACCAUGACAAUGUGUAAAGCAUUUAUUCCAGAAACAUUAACCUACAGUAUUACACUACAUGUGUAGCUCUGUGUGUGUGUGUGUGUGUGUGUGUGUGUGUUAUAGCUCUGCUUAGUCCACUACUACUGUCUCUUUUCACCUCCUACCUUUAAAAUGUACACGGUCCACAGUCCAGCCACUCGACCAAUCACAACACAGCACUUCACCCUCAGGCCCCUCCCCCAACAAGCUCUGAUUGGUUGCUGGGAAAAAAAUGCACAGAAUCAGGUUUGUGCAUUAUUGUUAUUCUUAUUAUUUAUUUAAACAACACAUCGGUCUUAUUGAAAAACAUGUCCAAUCUAUGUUUUUAAAAAAAUUGCUAAAUUUUUACUUGGCUAAAAUAUUUAGAAUUUAGAUGCAUCUGAAUAUUAAUGAGUCGUUUGGGAAGACUGCGUUCAACAACGAGUCGCUAACGGAUUCACGUUCACUGUGUGCUUGCUACGUAGCGUAUAAUAAUGAGCAGAUAUACAUCACGUGCAACAUCGUACAGACACAAAAAAAUGUUAAAUAUGCUGAUUACAUGACCAUAAAGACAGAGCUUCUACACCAAACAACACACGAGUCAUUUAGUCAGAUUUAGUCCUUCAGAUAUCUACAUAUUAUGAUAGUUUGUGUUUUUUUUAUGAUGAAUAUUAAUAUUUACAACUAUUUUUAACAGGAAGACACUUCUGAUGCCUAAAGAAUCGAUUUCAGCUCUCACUUUGCCUCGGUGAAUCAAAUGCAAUAGAAUCAGGAUGAAAGAAGACAAAAGAUAUGUCUUCCGGUUUCCUUUAUAUAUAUAUUUUUUUCACCUCGCAGUACUUAGACUAGCGAGUGUAGUACCGUCUCUAAGGCUACUACGUUACUGUAUUCAGCGCUUCUCCUGUAUCAAGCAACGCAUGAGUCAUUUAGUCAAAUUUUGUAAAUGACUCUGAGUCAUUUAGUCAGAUUGACUUUCAAAUGUCUGCGUAAUAGAAGCAUUUAUUGUUUUAUAUUUUAAAUUAAAAAAUACAUAUACGUAAGCCAUAGUAUGAAAACAUAAUGCAAACAAGGCAUAAUCAGGAUGCUUGAGGAAUCAAUUUCAAAUAACAUGAAUCAACUCUGAGUAAAUGACUCAGAGUUGUUUCAUCAUAUUUCUAGAUCAUAUAAAUUUUCUUUCUUUUUCAUUAUCAAGAUGGCUGAGGAAUUGCUUUCUAAUCAUGUUAUAACUCAGAAUCAAACCUCACUAAAUGACUCAGAGUCAUUCAUCCAGAUUUAGCUUCAGAUAUUACAAAUAUUAUGAGUUUUAUUUUCUAUGAUGUUUUUUUUUACAUGAUAUUGUUUUUCCUAAAGCAGAAAGCCAUAGUUGAAAAAUACACAAUCUAUCAUUGAGAUGCCUAAAGAAUGGAUUUUUGGUCACUCACUGACUCACUGAAUCAAAUCAGCAAUCAGGUGUCUAGAAAAUUUCCAUCCCUUAUUGAAAAGAAAGCAGAAGAUGCCUUUCGGAUUUCUUCCUUCUUGUAGAAAGCAAGUGAUGUGAUGCGGUCUGUGAACUAACUGCUCAGUGCUGAGCGUAAGAGCGUGUAUAUACGACUAUAUAUCCUUUAACGCUGUAUUCUUAGAGCCUACACGUAUAAUCUUUACCUCUGACCCGGGAUGUGUAUAUAGAACCGAGUUCCUCUUUAAGCCGAAUUUAAGGUCUGGUCAUCAUGGGACCUCUCAGAGGGUUUAAGGUCUAACUGUAGUUUCUUUCUCAUGCUGUUGUAGCUAACAGUGAUGUGUUAAGCUUUUGGAAGGAUGAUGUACCGUCAUGCUUCAUGGCGCAUGCUACGUUUCCCUGAUCGCUGUGGUUAAUUUGCUCGUUAGUGCUGUAGAAUCUCUGGACAGACGCAGAGAACAUCGCCAUGAGGCCACUCCGGAGAGUUCUGCUCAAUCUCUCACCACGUGAUCUGACGUGUGUGUGUGUGUGUGAUUAUGAUACGUGACAAUUUAGAGUCAUUUAUCUCACAUAGAAUGGAAGUCUAAGGGCAGAUGUUUGGAAAAAAGUUUUUCUACCCUUAUUAUUAUUAUAUUUUAUUUAGUUGUCAAUACUAUAAACAACUUUUGCUAAAAAAAAAUCAAAAACAAACACAUUAAAACAGUAAAUGAAAUUUGGUUGUAUAGAUUUUUUUGUAAACUUUUGCUCAUAAACAAACCUGACAAAUAAUCUAUAAACUGUCAUCCCCCCCCAUUAAAUGUUGCCAUGGCAACGAUUUAUAUCAAACCUGUCAAAAAAUCAUAUGUUAGCUAGCUGAAUGUUACCAUGGGAACUGCCUCUGAUGAUCACAUAGCCAUAUAUGAACUGCCUAACCGUAGCCAUGGCAACGCUUCCUAAUAAUCUACACUCACAUUACCAUGGGAAAAGCUUUUGACGAUGGUCAAAUUUCAUUUGUUCUUUAUAAAUCUGUGCUAAAGUUAUGAGGAUGUCUGGUUUGAUUUGAAAACCUAGCUAACUAACUCAACGGUCGCUGCCAGCUAUCACACAGCCUUGUCUGAUCACCUAGCAUUAGAUGUCACCAUGGUAACAGCCUUUGACAGUGUAUGAAACAAUCCGAUUGCAUUACAGCGACUGAAUGUAACCCUGGAAACGGCUUGCUGUAACCUGCAGAGCUGUCAGGUCUGUUAUUAGCUAGCGCAAUGUCAACAUUUUAUUUAUUUUUUUUGCUAAACCCAGUGUUAUCCAGCUAUAUGUAACUAUGGAAACAUCGUUUAUUCAUCCAGGACCUACUGAUUUAAAAAUAUUUAAUGAAAAAUAUACCAUACUGCAUUCACAGGCUAAAUGUAAACACAGGAGCAACUUUUGCUAAUUCAUGAAAUAUUCACAUUUCCGCCAAAACCACAGAAGCUAACGGUGGCAUUGUGCCAGAUUCCAGUACACCAGUGUUUAAGCGUAUCCAUGGAAACAAGCUGUGGUGAUUUGACGAGCUUGUCAGGUCAUGUCGUAUUAGCUAGCUGAAUGUAACCGUGAGAAGAACCGCUUAUGCUAGCUAAACAAACCCACAUUGUGUUAGCUAGAUAAAUGUAACCAUGGCAACGCUUCGGGCUAACUUAAGGUGAAUGUAUUACUUUAUAUAGCAUCUGCCCCUUGACUUUAUUAUAAAGGAGUUCCAUGUGAACGUUUGUUUGUAAAACGACUUUGAAAUACACACACACACACACACACACACACACACACACACGUGUGGUGGCGUGAGAUUAGAUUUGCUGAGUUAAACGCCGGAGUUUCCCUUUAACAGGCUUUAAUGGAUUUGCUGCUGCUCUCAAUGUUAAAUGAAGCUACAUAACGUUUAUUUUCAAUGUUUUACGUCUCGUAUCGUCAGUGUUCCUAAUCCUCUGUUUCUACUUUCUGUCCUGUUUGGUUCCAGAAUGUUCCGAGUUAACAUGUAUACUCGUUUUUGUUUUUGUUUUGUUUUUUUAAAGAGAGAUGGAGGUAGCGAGGAUUCUUCAUAGCCGGCACUUGUGUGUUUAUGGAUUGUGGAUGAUUCCUUGUGGUUCCGUGUAUGUGUGUGUGUAAGAGGGAAUGAGGGCGUGGUCAGUGGUCAGGUCACCGUGGUGACGGCAGGCUGAAGCUGAAGCUGCUCGGUUGUCUAGGCUCAGGGUCGAUGGCAGAAUGUUUCAUCGCUUUUUUAUUAGGAAAAUAUUAAGAUAGCUCAGCGCAUAAGGAAAACAAAAACUACCUGGAGACUGUGUGUGUGUGUGUGUGUGUGUAGCAGGACUGUUAAGCACUUAUCUAUUCACUAUGUAUAUUGAUAUAUCUGUCUGGGCGUGGCAGACUCAGUUUAGCCUCUGUGUGUGUGUGUGUGUGUGUGUGUGUGUG